CGCCUGCGCCGUGUACCCCGCCCCGGGCGGGUUGACGGAUGUAGGCGCUGGCCGGCUGAGCGAGUUCCUGCUGGCCCUGGGUAGCUGUUGCCGCCCGGUUUCUGUCGGCUCAUGGUGCACCUGUGAGGCCCGCUGCCGGCAGACGUCGCCUCGAGAUGGAGCACAUCCGGACGACCAAGGUUGAGCAAGUGAAAUUACUUGACCGAUUCAGUACCAACAACAAGUCAUUAACAGGAACAUUGUAUCUUACGGCCACACAUCUAUUAUUCAUAGACUCUCAUCAAAAAGAGACCUGGAUAUUGCACCACCAUAUUGCCUCAGUAGAGAAACUCGCUUUGACUACUUCUGGAUGUCCGCUUGUCAUUCAAUGCAAGAACUUCAGGAUUGUGCAUUUCAUUGUUCCCAGAGAAAGAGAUUGCCAUGAUAUUUACAACUCUUUGCUACAGCUGUCAAAACAAGCAAAAUAUGAAGAUCUCUAUGCAUUCUCUUAUAAUCCUAAACAAAAUGACUCAGAACGACUACAAGGUUGGCAGCUCAUUGACCUCGCUGAGGAAUAUAAGAGGAUGGGAGUGCCAAAUUCAAACUGGCAGCUGUCUGAUGCCAACCGAGAAUACAAGAUUUGUGAAACUUACCCCAGAGAGCUUUAUGUUCCUCGGAUAGCAAGCAAACCAAUAAUUGUUGGUAGUUCCAAGUUCCGGAGCAAGGGAAGAUUCCCAGUUCUUUCCUAUUAUCAUCAAGAUAAGGAGGCUGCCAUUUGUCGAUGUAGUCAGCCACUGUCCGGAUUCAGUGCCAGGUGUCUGGAGGAUGAACAUUUGCUUCAAGCCAUUAGUAAAGCCAACCCAGUCAAUCGCUAUAUGUAUGUCAUGGACACCAGGCCCAAACUGAAUGCCAUGGCCAACAGAGCAGCUGGAAAAGGUUAUGAAAAUGAAGACAACUAUUCUAACAUUAGAUUUCAGUUUGUUGGAAUUGAAAAUAUUCAUGUCAUGAGAUCCAGUCUUCAGAAAUUAUUGGAAGUCAAUGGUACCAAAGGACUUUCUGUCAAUGAUUUCUACUCUGGUUUGGAGAGCUCAGGCUGGCUUCGCCAUAUCAAAGCUGUUAUGGAUGCUGCAAUCUUCUUAGCCAAGGCAAUAAUGGUUGAAAAUGCAAGUGUGUUGGUACACUGUUCUGAUGGUUGGGAUAGGACUUCCCAGGUGUGUUCCCUUGGCUCUCUUCUGUUGGAUUCCUACUACCGCACAGUCAAAGGAUUCAUGGUUUUAAUAGAAAAAGAUUGGAUCUCUUUUGGACAUAAAUUUUCAGAGAGGUGUGGCCAUUUGGAUGGUGAUCCAAAGGAAGUCUCACCAGUGUUUACUCAGUUCUUGGAAUGUGUAUGGCAUUUGACUGAACAGUUCCCACAAGCCUUUGAAUUCAAUGAAGCAUUUCUUCUUCAGAUCCAUGAACAUAUUCAUUCAUGCCAAUUUGGAAACUUCCUUGGAAAUUGUCAGAAGGAAAGAGAAGAACUCAAGCUGAAGGAGAAGACUUACUCCCUGUGGCCAUUUCUUUUGGAUGACCUAAAGAAGUACUUAAAUCCUAUCUACAAUUCCCAGUCUCAGAGAUUCACAGUUUUGGAGCCAAAUACAGUAUCAUUCAAUUUUAAGUUUUGGAGAAACAUGUACCACCAGUUUGAUCGAACAUUGCAUCCUAGGCAGUCUGUAUUUAAUAUAAUUAUGAAUAUGAAUGAACAAAAUAAACAAUUGGAGAAAGAUAUUAAAGAGCUAGAAUCUAAAAUUAAGCAAUGCAAAAAUAAGCAAACAGAUGAUAUCCUCACCAAGGAGUUACUACAUUCAAUUCGUCCGGAAUCCCCGACUCUGAAAACUUCCCUCUGUUUUAAAGAGCAGACUCUGCUUCCUGUGAAUGAUGCUCUUCGAACUAUAGAGGGCAGCAACCCCACGGACAAUCGUUACAGUGACUAUGCCGAAGAGUUUUCCAAAGCAGAACCUGCUGUGGUCAGCUUGGAGUAUGGUGUGGCAAGAAUGACUUGUUAGACUUGUUGAGUAUUUUCUGAACUGGCCCUAGUGCAAGAAAUGGAUUAUUGUGAGGCUGGUCUGUGUGUAUGGCCAAAAGGGAUUUGUUGAAUAAUGAUCUUAGGUUUAACAGUAGGUUAAUUAUUAAAGAAAGGAUAACUGCCCUUGUGAGAGAAAUAAGUCCAUGUAAUUGUAUUGUAGCAAGGAAUGACAUUCAGUUUUGCAAGAAAUGAGUGGUAUUUGGUGAGUUUACUCAAAACACAAUUUGCACUGUAUAACUUAGUGAGCUGACAUUUCUGUGUGAUUUGUAUGUUAAUUACAGCCUAACAUGAAUCGCCUUCUUUAAGUAUAAUUUUACUACAGGAAAACAAAACUUGACAAAAUGGUCCCUUAAUAAUUGACAUGGCAUGUACUUUCAAUUAUGUAACUGUAACUGAAUAUUUACAUAUUUUGCCUUUUAGUGCUGUUUAAUGUUGAAGUGCCAUGAAACAUUUCUAAGAAAGCCUUAAAAUAAAUUGUCAGUUUAUUCUUUA